AUGAUGACGCUUCUUGCUGUGCUAUCACUUAGUUGGAUUAAUUAUUAUGUUUAAACAGAAAUAUUUUCAGUAAUUUCUUCAAGUUCGUUAAAUCAAAUACUUUAAUCAUAGGAUUAAGAUUAGAUUGGUUUUAUAGCUUAAAAUAUUGCAAUAAUUGUUGAAUUCAAAUUUGUAACAGUUCUAAAAUAAAUAGAGUCAAUAAAGAACUUUUAUAGUUUUUUUGAGAAUGAGAAACAAAAUAUAGCGAAUAAUUAAAAAUUGAAUUCUUGCGUAUCGGUACAAGAAUUUUUGAAUGAUAAGAGGUUAAUCUAAUCACAAAGAUUCUGCUACUAUGCUAUAGGAGUUCCUGAUUAUACUACGCUGCCGUAAAAUGAAGAAGAAGUCUUCAUUCUCAACGAUUUUAUUUCAUUUCUCAAUCACUAUAGCUUAGUUAUAAAUGUUCCGUUCACUGGUAAGCUCCAAAUAGCAUCAAUUUCUUCGACAAAGUAUUUUGCUCAAUUUCCUUCAGCUCUAUUAGUACCUGCCUAUGAUAUUACUACAAGAUUUUGGUACAAAAAUCACAUCGAUAAAACUGAAGCCGAUUCAAAUACUGGUUUUGUUUUCUCACCUCUUAAUGAUGCCUUUGCAUCUCAAAUAAAAGAGAUGUCAAUUACAAAUUCAUUAUACAAAGAUAACAAAAUGUUCGGAAUUAUCAAAGAAGGACUAUUAGUUAGUAACCAAUUGAUACCUACUGUUCCUUAUAAUGUGCUAUUAUUAGAUUAGGAUGGUUUGGUAGUCUAUUUUAACAUGGAAUAAUUAAUCAAUAAAACGAACUAUUUUUAUAUAUACGAUUAAAAUAUUACUGGAUUUAAUCAAACUGAUUGGGAGGAAAUGAUUUAAUUUUCUAAUUAAAGGGACAAAGUAAUUUUGGUUUUAGAAAAUAAGUUAUAAAAGGAGAAAGUAAACAUUUACUCUCUUGAAGUGUUAAAGAAUAAUUUCACAUUAGUUGUAUAUACUAAUAUAACUACGAAAAUAGAUUAUCAGAGUCAAUCACAAGUCAUAAGAGAUAAAUCUUUCAUUCAUUUUACAUAUUCAUUUUUUACCUAAAUAUUUUUAGGAGUUAUAGCUAUAGCUCUUUAGAUUAUUGUGCUAUUAGUGGUUUUCAAACCUUUAAAAUAAUUUAUUUCGAUUAUUAAACAAUAUACACUAUCCCAAGGUAAUAACAUCAAUAGUGAAAUAUUUAAAAUGAUUCAUACAAAAUCUUAAAAAUAAGAUGCUCUGUCUAAUUUACAAAAUAAACUUUUAAGUUUUUCAUAAAUCCUAACUGAAAGUUAAGGAAGAAAGUGUGAAAUGUGUAAAAUUUGGGAAUCCUUUGCAUACAAUGAGAAUGAUCCUGAAUUAGAAUUUGAUGAGUUUAGAAAUUAAUUUAAUUUUAUACAAAAUGAACGGUCAGAAUUCGGCAAAAAAAUGUUAAAAUAAAUAAAACUAGGAAUAUGUUGA